ACAUACUGUGGGCUGUUCUGUGUGGUACUAAAUCCAUGGCGUACGCUACCAAUCUACACCACGGACGUAAUGUCUACUUAUCGUACGGGAGUUGGUGACAGCUAUCCUCACGUCUAUACGGUGGCUCAAAGCGCAUACGACGGCAUCCUGAGAGGUGAGUGGGAGAUCAUUUGCGUUCUGGGAGAAUCUGGAGCUGGCAAAACGGAAAAUACGAAGAAAAUCAUCGAAUACAUAUUGGAAUGCUGUGGUUGCACCGCGAAGGAGCAAUCGCAAGAGCCGAGCAACGGGAAACUACAGAAUGGAUACACAACCCAUGGCAGUACCGUAGGUAGAGAUGUGAUCUCUGCAGGAGUGCUGCUGGAAGCCUUCGGAAACGCCCGAACGACCCACAAUAACAACAGCUCGCGAUUUGUGAGUAGCUACUUCAAUUUAUAUGAGGUGUUAUACCUGUCCUGUUUAUACAGGAAGUGGGCCAGGGAACCGUCUGGAAAAUUCAUAAGGAUCGAAUUCAACGAACAUGGAAAGCUGCAAUCAGCUCAGAUCGAAUGCUACCUUCUGGAAAAGUCGCGUGUCGUCAAUCAGGAUGCUGGCAAUCGAAAUUUCCAUGUCUUCUAUCAACUCCUAUCAAAAGCGUUUCCUGAUGAGAUGCGCCAGAAGCUGCUACUUACUCAAACAGCGGACCGUUACAAAUUCCUCAACCAAGGAAAUGUUUGUGUUGAUAGGGAAAUCGACGAUGUCGCAAAUGGCCUGCUUACUGAUGUAUGA